GUGAAUGUUGCGCAUUUCCCAAGCCGGUGACAUUCAUUCAUUGUGAGCCGUCGCAAUGAAGAAUCCGACCCAUGAGACUGAGCAUUCGUCCUGUACACAAUGCGAAUCACAAUGUGUAAGUCACAAUCCCUCAGGUGUUACAUCCUCCUUGCUGGCGGUACGUGAGACGGUCAGAUAGGCCGUGUGUCUUUGCAAGGUUAUGCUACCGCCGCUGUCUCGGUCUGAAGAGGCUCUCAUACUCGAUCAGCAGCCAUGCGAGGUAGCAAUGAUAGUCUUCAAACCUCACAGCGACCCAUGUUACUUUAGAUCUCACUCAAUUAUUCUCCCCCGGACACGGGUACGUGGCCCCAAUUUUGGACCCCUCGUACGCGAUUGGCGGGUAUAGGUAGAAGGCAUUGAGGCCGAGCAGCGGAAUGUAACGAUUGAAGAGGUGAUCGACCGGUAGGAAGCCGUCGACAAUGACACCCGUCUCGAGGACUCUCAUGGCCGCACGCUUGUGCAACAUGACGGCGUUGAAGCAUCGAGAAGCCUGCGAUCGAUACAGGUUUUUCGACUCCUUCGCCUUCAACCUUAUCUUUAAGCACGUGCCAAGAAAUACAAUCUGCACAGCAGUCAAUGUAACAGCAGUCAAUGAAGUCAUUCGUGCCUACAUCCCAUGUUCGCCGCGUGAGCUGAAGACGCAGCUGUGCAAGUUUGUUGUGAAAACGCGGCACUAGCCAAAUGUCGUCUUCGAGGACAAGCACUUCUUCAGGCAACGAGCCGUUGGCGAGCAUUUCGAAGAUCGUCCAUUGAUUUUGAGCGUGCUCAGCAUAUCUUUCCUCUCGCCGGAAAACAGCCGCUGAAAAUCUGAAAGUGACUCAAUACGGGCCGCGUUUCGGAAGAGUUUUUGCGAAAGAUACGUCCUCUUUGCAAAAGCGGCAUCAAGCGACGGAAAUGAGACCUCGACCUGGUGGGGUACGAACAUGCGGCGGAGCAUGAGCCGACCUUGCUCGAGACGCUUCCCGUACGACAGAACUGUUGUAGGCCAUUUCAAGAACUCACGAUUGGCGUCGCUGCAGCAUUCGUCGAAAUACAUACUCGGCUGAGAGAGCUCCUGGAGAGAAAGUCUAUUCCAGCUCUCGCUACCGAACAGUGUUGCCGUGAACUCAUCGUGCGAUGAGAUAUCUUUCACGAUUUUAGAGAUGGACGAUACCCGCAGUGCGGCGGCGCUACACAUCGCUGAGAAAAGGCGCACCAGCACCUGUGCGUGGCUGAUGCAAUCCGGCGAACUCGUCUCCUGCUGCACAGCAGGCACAAUCACGCCAUUUUUGUUGUCCACCGCGAUCGUGUUCGUCUCUGGCGCUCUAUUGUGGAACAAAAACACACGCACAGCCAGUCGUACACAAACAGAAACACGCACAGCCAGUCGUCGUGCCGUGCGUUGAGGGGGGCCGAGGGUCCGCUUACAGCAACGUGCUGUUGUUCGUCUCUGGUGCUCUAUGAUGACGCACAAACACACGCACGCCUAGCCAUGAGUCGUCGUGCGGUGUGAAGGGCUGAGGGGGCCGCUUACGAUGGACUGGCGUGGAUGCGUGGCAUCCGGAUAAGCCUUCGCCGACAUGAAAGGAGGGCUGGUCACCUGUGUGUCGCUGCAUACAUAUCGCCUGUAUACCCUGUCGUUCUUAUUUCUGUCGUGGGUAUACAGGCCCGAUGUUUUUGUGCGUUGGGGGUCUCCUUCGUGCGGCGUAGGACACUGUGGCCCUCCUGCACAAACACUGCCUACACACCAAAGCGGGGGGAAAAAAACAGAUCUGCCGUCUGUGGUGGUGGUGCCGUGCGUCGAGCACACACCUUGCCUUCCCUCUUGUUUUCCCUCAUGUUCCCACGGUAUUGCGUGACGAGCGCACCGCGCGAUGUGGGCUUCAGUGCACGCUGCAGCCACACACACAGACGGCACACUGCAUGGAGGUGCACACGGCAGAUCUGGUGGCAACAAGGCCGCCGCCGUAACACACCGUGUUGAACAGGGCCUGGUGAGAGAUGAUCAGAAGGGCGAUGAACACGUCUGAGAUCAUGCUCCUCGCCAGCUCGCAAAAUCGGACCUUUCGAUAAUUUACCACAUUUACAUA